CGUAAAAAGAAUCUUUGCAUCAAGGUUCAAUAGUUCCAAAUCAACACCAAUAAAUACCUUACAUACCUCUGCACAAAAGAAGCCAAGAUUCAUUUGACAAAUAAAAAAAUCAGUGUGACAAAGAUGAAGAUACUGAUAUUGAAGUUUCUUCAGAUUGUUUUGCUGCUGAUUUUCUAUGGCAGACACACCAUAGCUGAAAAGAAAACACAAGAUGCCAAAAAAACAUACAUAGUUCACAUGGACAAGUUCAACAUGCCAGAAAGUUUCAGUGAUCACCUCAGUUGGUAUGAUUCAUCACUGAAAUCAGUGUCAGAUUCAGCAGAGAUGCUAUACACAUACAAUCAUGUAGUUCAUGGAUUCUCCACAAGGCUAACCAACCAAGAAGCUGAAACACUCUCCAAACAACCGGGGAUUCUUUAUGUCAUGCCUGAAGUUAGAUAUGAGCUUCACACAACAAGAACACCACAGUUUCUUGGAUUGGACAAGGCCACAACACUUUUACCUGCUUCUAAGCAGCAGAGUCAGGUGGUUAUUGGAGUAAUAGACACUGGUGUUUGGCCGGAGCUGCAGAGCUUGGAUGACACGGGACUCGGACCAGUGCCGAGAGGCUGGAAAGGUGAGUGUGAAAUUGGAACCAACUUCAAUUCAUCAAGCUGUAACAGGAAACUUGUUGGUGCAAGGUUUUUGGUCAAAGGGUAUGAAGCAGCUCUAGGACCUAUUGAUGAGAAGACAGAAUCAAGGUCACCAAGGGAUGAUGAUGGUCAUGGAACUCAUACCUUAACUACAGCAGGAGGAUCAGCAGUCCAAGGAGCAAGCCUCUUCGGCUUGGCUUCAGGGACAGCAAGAGGGAUGGCUCCACAAGCCCGUGUGGCGGCUUAUAAGGUGUGUUGGCUUGGUGGAUGCUUUGCUUCUGACAUAACCGCCGGAAUCGACAAGGCCAUAGACGAUGGUGUGAAUGUCCUGUCCAUGUCUAUUGGGGGAACUUCAACGGACUACUAUAGAGAUAUCAUUGCUAUUGGUGCUUUCACAGCCACGUCCCAUGGAAUUUUUGUUUCCACUUCAGCAGGAAAUGGAGGGCCUAGUCCUGGAACCUUGUCCAAUGUAGCACCAUGGAUAACCACCGUGGGAGCUGGUACCAUAGACCGCGAUUUCCCAGCCUAUAUCAAGCUUGGAAAUGGGAUGACACAUACUGGAGCAUCACUUUAUACAGGCAAACCUUUAUCUGCUUCUCCAGUACCACUUGUUUAUGCUGGUAAUGUAACCAAUUCAACGGUGGGAUACCUUUGCAUCCCAGAUAGCUUGAUUCCCUCACUAGUUGCUGGCAAAAUCGUGAUAUGUGAUAGAGGAGGAUCUCCGAGGGUGGAAAAGGGUCUAGUUGUAAUGAGAGCUGGAGGCGUUGGUAUGAUAUUGACAAACAACGAAGAAUAUGGGGAAGAGCUUGUUGCUGACCCCCAUCUCCUCCCUGCAGCAGCAGUAGGCCAAAAAUCCAGCGAGGCUGUAAAGAACUAUACUUUCUCCUCUCCAAAUCCCACAGCUACAAUUUCUUUUGUAGGCACUCACUUGCAAGUUCAACCGUCUCCGGUGGUGGCAGCGUUCAGCUCUAGAGGGCCAAAUUUUCUCACACCACAGAUACUCAAACCAGACCUUAUAGCUCCUGGAGUAAACAUCAUUGCUGGGUGGACUGGAAAAGUAGGACCAACCGGUUUGACGGUUGAUACUAGGCAUGUGAACUUUAACAUAAUUUCAGGUACAUCCAUGUCAUGCCCUCAUGUAAGUGGUUUAGCUGCUAUCGUCAAGGGAGCGCACCCGAAAUGGAGCCCGGCCGCAAUAAGGUCUGCACUCAUGACCACAGCCUAUAGAACAUACAAAACUGGGCAAACAAUUGAAGAUAUUGCCAUUGGACAACCAGCAACCCCCUUUGAUUUUGGUGCUGGACAUGUGGAUCCAGUGGCAGCUCUUGAUCCUGGUCUUGUCUAUGAUGCAAAAGUAGAUGACUACCUUAACUUCUUCUGUGCCUUGAAUUACACUCAAUUCCAAAUUAGGCUCGCGGCGAGAAGAGACUUUACUUGUGAUUCAAGGAAGCACUAUAGGGUGGAAGACUUCAACUAUCCUUCUUUUGCUGUUCCCUUGGAAACAGCUUCAGGAAUAGGAGGUGGUUCCAAUAAGGCCACCUCUGUCCGAUAUAGAAGAAUUCUUACUAAUGUAGGCAGUGGAGGAACAUAUAAAGCUUCAGUGUCAUCCCUUCCUCCCUCAGUGAAAAUUAUGAUUGAACCACAGACACUUAGCUUCACUCAACUGUAUGAGAAGAAGAGUUACACUGUGACAUUUACAACUACUUCGAUGCCUUCCGGCACAAAUAGCUUUGCUUAUCUGGAAUGGUCAGAUGGAAACCAUAAGGUUGCUAGUCCAAUAGCAUUCAGCUGGACAUGACUAUGAUUUUUCAAGGAUCCUAACUCAUAGAUUCUGAAAUAUCAGCAAAACCUAGUUGAAUAGGUUCUGCAUAAACUAAGGAUCACUCUAGUAUUUUAAUGCUUGGUUGUUGGUUCAGCAAGGAGGCCUAACUGGGUGCAUGUUAUCAUUAUGUUCUGUUUCCAUUCUAUUGGAUUGAGUUUCAGGGGGGAGACUUAGUAAGGAAUAAUUGUAAAUAGCGGGAAAAAAAAGGAUAAUGGCAUAUUCUGUAUAAUAUGAUCUAAAUUGUUUAUUAUAUAUUCCCAGCUUUGCAUAGACUUUCAAGAAAUUCUCA